CCGAAGCCUUUCCUUCACUGGCCCGCCCACCAUGACGAUCACCUACAGCUGUAUUGCUAAUGGCCGAGCGGUCCUAGCGGAGCUGGCCCUGACCGGCGGCUCCUAUCAGGAAGCAGUGGCAACAGUGCUUAAACUCGUGCUUCUUAGAGCUGAGCCAAAGACCAUAAUGCAGAUGGGAAGCUUUGUCUACCACACUCUCUUUAUUGAUGGGAUCACAUACCUAUGUGCUACAGACAAUGCCUUGGAUACCAUAACACCAUCUGCAUUUCUUAAAAAUGUUAGUGAUACUUUUCUGAGAAAUCCUUUGAUGUCGCAAGAACAUUUUUCUCCUUCAAAUGCAGUUGCUACAGAUUUUCAACAAGUAUUAGGAAAGUAUAUGAUGAAAUACAAUAACAAUCAAGAUGGUAGCUCGAUAUCUACACUAAGGAGUCAAGUAACUGAUGUAAAAAAUAUUAUGUCCCAAAAUAUUGAUGAAAUUUUGGAAAGCGAAAACAGAUUGAAUAUCUUCACUGAUAGAACUAAUGAUCUCCAAACAACUUUCUAUUCUACGCCAGUCAUCCUCCACACUGAAACUAGACUGUUCUUUAAAAAUGCCAAAGAAUCCCAAAAAACAAGAAAGAUUCUUAGGAGGAUAUGGUGGAAACACUGCCGAAAGAUCGUAGUCAUCACUGUGGUAGUUCUCCUUUUGAUCAUCAUCAUUCUUUUAAGUACAAACGUAAUACCAACCUGAU